AUGGGGGAUCUAAAAAUGUGUGAGUUAUUUCUUCAAGCUGAUGAUUUUUUUAAUGGUAAUAGUGACGUACAUAAUAAAAUUAACAAAUCCAAAGAAUACCGCGAUUAUUGCAUUAAUAAUAAAACAUGCUCAAAUACGAUUGAAAGUAUUGGUGCUUUGGGUGAGGGUUUAUUUAUGAAGGUUUACACUAAUGAAAACAAGUAUUCUGAUCAUGUUAUGCUGUGGUUAGCUCAUAAAUUGUUUGAUGUAGUCAAAGAAAAAGACAACGAAAAAGCUAAUAAAAUUACUUUAAGUUCGGCUUAUGAUGAAUAUUUAAAGAAAUAUAUGGGUAGUUUUAAAUAUUGGAAUACUUCAUAUUAUACAAAUGAUUUGAAAAAUGCUAAUCUUAGACACCUGCAUGAAAUAUAUACGUUACUUAAUAAUAUAUGUAAUACAAUUGUAGAUCAUAAAAAAAACAGUGCCAAAAGUAAGACUCUUUCUCAAAAUUCUGGAAAAUGUUUUAAUCAAUAUAUAUCCCUUUACAAUAAAUUUUCUAAAUGUGAUUCAUAUCGAUAUCUAUUGGCCAAAUUAAAAAAAAUAUAUGAAGACUUUAGAACUUCUGCCAUUGAGAAGGAUAAUGGUGAUAAUCAAUUAGAUAAACUCCUUCAAGAACUUACAACAUCUGAUGGAAAAGAUUCAUAUUCUAUGGGAAAUUUUAAAAAAUUUAACUUCAAUGGUCCAGAGUGUAACCCCCCAAAUAUAGAUAAUAUUCCGAGUGUUCGAGAUAAACCAGUAACAAGUACACCAACUAUACAACAUAGUAAAAAAGAAGAGGAGGAUCAAAGGAUUCAAAAGGGUCCCUCUAAAGAUACAGGUAAUAAUUUAAAAGUUCCAGAGCCUAAAUCUAAAGAUCAGCAAGGGAUUAAAAUGCCAAAAUCUGAAGAUUCUUCAUUAAAAGGUGAUAGAGAAUUAAAAGAUAGUCCAACAGCCUUAAAGAUUUUCAGUAAUGAUACAGAUACUCAAAAAGGUCCAAAUGGUCAAACAGGUACAGAUCAUCAAAAAAGUCUAAAUGGUCAAAUAAAUCCAAGCAGUGAGUCAGAAACUAAUCAAGAUAGCAUAAGUAUGCCCCAAACCUCAAAAAGCAAUCAAGAUGUUUUUGAUUUGUCAGCUUUAAAAGAAUAUGGGGAUUCAAUUAAAAAGCAUAUUGAAGAAUACAAAGAAUAUGUUACUAGUUCACUUAAUGAUAUUCAAGAACAUUUAUACGAGGAUGUAUGGCUUCCUUUAUAUGAGACUUAUAGUAAUUAUGCAGAUUAUUAUGAAAAUUUUGAUAUAAUGGAAUAUCUUAAAGAAGUAUUGGAAGCAAAUGAACCACAAAAAACUAGAACAUUAGAGGAUAAACCACCAAUUAAUGUAUUAGAAUUUACCCCUCCUUUACCAGAUAGAGAAACACCAGUACAACAAAAUACGCAAAUGCAAGAUGCCCCAGCAAAAAUAUCAGAUGGUCAAGGAAAUGAUCAUUCACAAGAGUCACUUUCUACACAAAAAAUUGACUCAACAUAUAGUGGAAAAGACAAAAUUUCAGAUAUUCCCUCUGAGAAACGAUCUCAAUCACCAGACGGUUCUACCAAUAUAAUGCAUAGUCUAGGAAUUGAAGCAAGAGCCAUUAAAUCCGAUGUACAAAAUGAGAUAUCUGAAAUCGGGUUUCUAGAAAAUUUAUUUAAAGAAUACAAAUUAGUUGCAUAUCCAGUUAUGAUUAUUGCAACACUCGUUAUUUUAGCCGUUAUGUAUAAGUAUUUACCAUUUGGGUGGAGAAAAAAGUUGAAGAAAAAAAAAAAUAUGGAAAAGAUUAAAAAAUUGUGUAAUGAAAAUAAUACCGAAAGGAAGUUGCAAAUACAUUAA